CAGAAUAUAUUUAUUAUAUUUCUUAAAAUGUUGGAAUUUUAUCCCAUGCCUACAAAUUUAAAUCAUGGCGCUUCAUUGUAUCCUCAUCAGCAAAAUCAUGGUGGUGCCAGAUUUUUGGAUAAUCCUGCCCCACAAAAUAUAAACAGCAUUAACACCAUGACUCACCAGCAGCAACAACACUUACAACAACAACAACAGCAACAACAACAACAUCAGCAGCAGACAAAUUCACAACAACAGCAAAUGAUUGCCUCACCCAGCCAAGCAGCAUGUCCGCCACAAAAUCAUAAUAAUUCCUUAAACACCUGCUCAAUAGCUUCAUUAACAGCACAAACUUCAUGUCUACCUUCUGCCACGACUACAAGUAAUGAUGUUAACCCAGAAACCUCUAACACCACAUCCUCCUCCUCCUCACUAUCCGCCUCCACCUCCAAUUCCACCUCAUUACAUUUAACAAUUAGUAACAGCCAUAACAGCAAACACCAACAGCAGCAGCAGCAGUCAUCGUCGUCUAGUAAUUGUUCUACUACGACUCAACAAAAUGCUACGUCUGCCAUUCCUGCCUCAGUCUCCAUCACCUCCUCGGCAUCAACAGCAUCCUCGAAUAAUUGUACAAAUUCUGCUACACUACUUUCAUCUUGCUCAAAAUUAUCCUUAGAAUGCAAUGGACGCACAGGUGUCGAUCAAAUAAAAUGCGAGAAAAAUUUUGAGGUGUGUGAAGGCUGUGGCCAGAAAAUCCAUGAUCGUUAUCUUAUGAAUGUGGGCGAUACGAAUUGGCAUGAAAGUUGUUUGGCCUGUUGCUAUUGUGGUAUGCAACUGCAUCAGACUUGUUAUACGCGCAAUGGCAAGCUCUAUUGCAAAAUGGACUACGAAAGAUUAUUCUCCUUCAAAUGUGCCGCUUGCUGUCAUCCCAUACUGCCUCAAGACAUGGUCAUGCGUCCCCUAAACAAUUUAAUAUUUCAUUUGUCCUGUUUCGUUUGUGUGGCCUGUCGCAUUCCCCUGCAAAAAGGCGAACAAUUUCUGUUAAGGGACGGUCAAAUAAUUUGUUUUAGACAUGAUCUGGAAAAGGAAAUGUUUUUAGCGGCCGCGGCUGCCCAACAUUGUGGUUAUUUGGGCUUAGAUGAAGAUGAUCUAAUGAGACCCAGAGAUGGUCGUAGAGGGCCCAAGAGACCGCGAACAAUAUUGACCUCACAGCAACGCAAACAAUUCAAGGCCUCAUUUGAACAGUCGCCCAAACCGUGUCGUAAAGUAAGAGAAGCUUUGGCCAAAGACACCGGGCUGUCGGUGAGAGUGGUGCAAGUGUGGUUCCAAAACCAAAGAGCCAAAAUGAAGAAGAUACAGCGUAAAGCUAAAAAUAGUCGUGGCGGUAGCGGCAAUGGAGGAGACGACAAAGACAAGGAUAAAUUGGAUAAGGAGGGUAUUAAACAGGAGGGUGGUUCAGCUUCGGGUAGUGAAAAUGGUUAUUUGGGCAUGGAUAGUUCAUAUGCCACGCAACCAUUAAAUCCAAAUCUACCUUUUUCACCAGAUGACUAUCCCGCCAAUUCAAAUGAUAGUUUCUGCAGUUCAGAUCUUUCUUUAGAUGGCAGCAAUUUCGAUCAUUUAGAUGAUGAUGCCGAUUCAUUAUCACUUAACAACUUGGAAUUGCAAUCGUCCUCGUCAUCGGGUCACCAUCACAACUCCAAUCCUCAAGAUAUUUUAGCCAAUUUAAAUAACAGCCUUAUAAAUCCCAUUGAUAAAUUGUAUCUCAUGCAAAAUUCAUAUUUUCAAGGUGAAUCUUAA